AUGUCACGUCGCCAAUUUCAGAAAUCCGAGGAAGUGAUCGAUGUGUCAGAAGGCGAGAUGAGCGAAUUCUCAUCGCUUAUCGGCUUCGUCGGUGGACCACAGAAGCCGGGAUGCAGUUAUGGAUUUGCACCAGAACAAGACCCAGCGUAUGAGAAGGCCGUCGCCGAGUGCCACGUCAUCCAGGAGAAGAAGGAUUUCCAUGAAGCCGUUAUCCUGAAGUGUAUUGAUAACAAACCUCUCUUCCCAUACAUGCAUUUCGCACAAUUCCGAAACGUGGACUACACGCAUCGCGUUAAGCAGAUUUCCGAUUUGGCGAGAGAAUGCUCGCCCACUCAUGGCAGUCUUUAUGGCUGCUACGACGAGGUCUACUCAAUUCAAAAAACCGCGAGCGUCGGCGAGAAUCGUCUUCCAGCUCAUCGUCACGCCGGAUACAUUGUCAUCGGAUUCAAGCUUCUAGAGGACGCCGGCAAACAAGGCAAUCUGGAAAAGACAUGGCUACAGUGGAGCGGCGCGCGCGAAAUCUACAAGCACUCCCCACGAUCAUGGAACUUGAGGCGGAUCUCGUUGAUGCGGUGUCCAACACAUGUUUGUUUCAGUCACAAAAACGGGGUCGCACAACGCCCGUUCGCUUACAUUCUGAUGUGCGAGUACGGUAGCAUUCUACACCCAUCGAACACUAUUCAGGCGUUAGACAUUUGCGAGAGAUUACGGGUCAGAAAUUGUGGACAUAUUGCUUUAUAUCAGGUCCUCACCGCGUACACCUCCCCAGGACCCCGUACUUCCGCUCACAACUCUCCAUCCCGUCAAGCCGCGGCUUUCGCCCAAUCAGCCGCUGCAAAACGUGCACAAAUGCUCCGUGGAUUCUCCCAGGACGUCGAGCCGCAACCAGUACUAGAAAGCUCCACAAUGCGUCGGAACAGAAUGCUCAGAACACGCGAACGCUCGUUCCAGUACCCCGAUGAGUACUAUCACGCUUAUCAACCACACCAAUUCGACCCACAGGAGCAAUACUAA